AUGGAUAAAUCCGAAGCAACCGCGUACCUAACCUCCCUCCUCCACAAAACCCUCCGCGUCACUACAUCCGAUGCUCGUAUGUUCCUCGGCCAAUUUCGCUGUACUGAUUCUGAUCUCAACAUAAUCCUAACCUCCACCUUCGAAUACCGCAACGCCAGCAGCCCGAACCCGACAAGUCGCUAUCUGGGACAAGUGGUUGUCCCCGGAUCGCAUGUGGUGAAGAUUGAAGUUGAGGAGUUUGUUAGUCAGAUGAAAGGAGCAGCU